CUUCAAUCUUCAUCAAACGCCGGCUUGCUUUCUCUCAAAAAAACCGAUAAUUAUCGGUCAAAAUAACGGAUAAAAUGGUGGAUAGCUCGCUUGGCUGGGAGCAGAUUAAAAUCAACGAAUGGCUGGAGAGGGGGAUGUUGACGUGGGAGUACAUCUUGUCGCAGAUGGACAAUAACCUCCAAUGCUGCCUACCAUCUAAGUACGCGAUUGAACCAGAAGAUAUACCAGCUCUCGAGGCUGCAUUCGCUUUCGCAUGUGUUCCGAAUGCAUCAGGAGAUGGCGACAUUCUGACCGAAUUGGGCUUCAUCAUUCUAUUACAAUCUAAGGCUGGGCUUCCGCGUUGCCCGGAAGGGAUCGAAGUUGGGCGGAUCAUCUAUGGGAUGGUCUCGUACUUGAGAAUGAUUCCGUUCGCUCGCCGGGCUUCAGAUCCCCUGCCGUAUGGUCUAACUAUAGAGGAAUUGACGCGGGGGCUGGUGUGGAUGAUACCGGAUUCUGCACAGUAUGUGAUUGAAGAGAGUGGGUUUUCGCGCAUGCUCACGCUGUACGAUCAUCAACGGAAACUCUUCCAAAGCCUAGCCACCGCCACCCCGCCUCUCACGGCACAGGAUAAGAUCCGAGCUCGAUCUCGUUCGCUGAAUUCCCGUUACUGUAUGGAGGUGGAUGACAUGUUUGUCGAUAUGUGUGCCGGGAAUCACGAUGACGAUGGGGAUGAGAUAUAUCAUGACAUGUUAGAUGUAAUCUACUCGACACAGUACAGACCUCAUCCGUGGAUGGCGUCUGUGCGUCGGGAUAAAUUCCGCACUGUCGCGAAGAAUCUCAAAGUGGAGGGGCAGAUACCGGAGCUUCACACAUUCGCCAUCCCAGUACAACGGUUCAAGAACCUCGUGAAGGUAUUAUUAGUGCUGACUUUUGAUCCUUUCACCACCGGCAAAAGAAGAAACGAGUUAAAUCCAUCCGAUUUCGAAGAUGCAGCGCAAUGUAUCUGCAAUCAUUUCAUCCUAGACGAGGACUUAGGUCAGGACCCAAGCGUGGACACCAACCAAAAUGAAGAGCAGCUCAUAACCUGGCCUUCAUUUUCACAAGCACUUCGCGCAUCAGCACCACAACUUUUCGAACCAUUCUAUCGCCUACUUACACUAACCUUCCUAGAAAAAUCAUCCUGGAUUUGGGGAAACGCCGCCUUCGACAGUCUUCCAAUAAUACCGGAAAACUCCAUCCUCACGAUCCCGCGCAUAUGCCAACUUGUCUCAUUUCUCAACUGCACCGUCUACCCGUGUGAUCUACAGCGCAUGGCGCACUACUCCCCUACGGACUUCCCCACUCCAACUGCGCUUAUACAAGCCAUGCAAGAUGUCCCCCAAGAAGCCAUACUCCUAAUUGCCGGCCACCAAGUUGAUACCAUAUCAAGGGAAAAGAAACCUUACAUAUUCGGCUUUAUAAGUCCAGUCCCCAAGCGCGACGGUUCUUGUAUCCAAGGACCCAAAGAAAUAUCCUCCUCCGAGGGCAUGCAGGAAGCUACUCUAUUUCAACUUGCUCCCAUACAAGACUCGUUCCGCGGGCUUGUAGGAGGGCCCGGUUGGCAUGUUGUAACCGAUGACGACGGUGGCGAGCGUCUUAUUAUCGGAAGUAUUCCAACUCCUGAAGAUCGUUGGGGUGACACAGGGGGUGUAUCGCUAGUUCUACAGAAUGGGUGUAAAAACGCGGAUAUUCACCAUAGGAGUGAGAUAAAGCGCAAGAGGGUAUACCUAGCGAAUGAGCGCCGUGGGGAGUUCAAAUUAGAGCUUGAAGUUGAGAGGAUCGAGAUCUGGAGUGAAAUCCCCGAGGAAGACGAAGAAGACGAGGAGAAUGGCGUGGGAGAAGAAGAAGAAGAGGGAGAGGAAAAUGAAGAUUAAGAUGUCUGAACGGGUUCCUCCGAACCUAGAUCAGCAUAGCGAGGGCCUUUGCAUGUUGUUGCUUCGCGCAUGGGUUUUGAAAAUUUAUACCGAUUUGCCCACAAAUAGAAGCGACACUUAUCAUAACAACAA